UCCCCUUGAAUUCAUACCGAUGUCUCAGGAGAACUAAAAAAAAAAAAAACCUGCAUUUCUCUCUCUUUCUCUCUUCAGCGUCUCCUACAAAAACUGUAUUCUGGCUCAAAACUUUUUCACUGUAGUAUUCUGGAGGAUGCUGUAAGCCCAUAAGGAAUUGCUUGUGACGUUCUUUAGAGAUUGAUAUCUGACAUUCGACACUUUUAACACAAUGAAAGGCAUGUAUCGCAGCGGUGUCUUCAAAAAGUCGAAUGGAAGUGCAAAACUAAUCAUAACUACAAUUAUGGGAAUUGCUGUCGGUUAUUUCAUUGGUGUUUCUUUUCCAUCUGUUUCUCUCACCAAGGUUAUCUUACCAUCAAGCAUUUAUUCUCCCUUUGAUAUAACAAUGCGUGAGGAUCGCUCCAAAUCUCUUGAACGCAGUUUUCCAGAAAAUCUUGGUUCCGGUAAUACACCCGCAACACCUAAGAUCUAUGUUCCAUCUAAUCCACGCGGUGCAGAGUCAUUGCCUCCGGGAAUUGUAGUCCCAGAAACCGACUUGUUUUUAAGAAGAUUAUGGGGUGAACCUAGUGAGGAUUUGAAGAAGAAGCCAAAGUACUUGGUAACUUUCACUGUCGGUUGGGGUCAGAGGGAUAAUAUUGAUAAGUCAAUAAAAAAGUUUUCUGGGGAUUUCCAAAUCUUGCUGUUUCACUAUGAUGGCCUAGUUACAGAGUGGGAUCAAUAUGAAUGGGCAAAGCAGGCAAUACAUAUAAGUGUUAAGAAACAAACCAAGUGGUGGUAUGCAAAGAGGUUUUUGCAUCCAGAUAUUGUAGCAGCAUAUGACUAUAUAUUCAUUUGGGAUGAAGAUCUUGGUGUUGAACACUUCAAUGCAGACAAGUAUAUCAAUUUAGUUAAGAAACAUGGGUUGGAGAUCUCUCAACCUGGUCUCGAACCCAAUAAUGGAUUAACAUGGCAAAUGACAAAGAGGAGAGGUGAUAAAGAAGUUCACAAGGAUACAGAAGAGAAACCAGGAUGGUGCAGUGAUCCUCAUUUGCCUCCAUGUGCAGCAUUUGUAGAGAUUAUGGCCCCUGUGUUCUCUCGAGCAGCUUGGCGGUGUGUAUGGCAUAUGAUUCAGAAUGAUUUGGUGCAUGGAUGGGGUUUGGAUUUUGCACUAAGAAGAUGCGUUAAGCCUGCACAUGAGAAAAUCGGUGUUGUGGAUUCACAAUGGAUCAUUCAUCAAGUUGUUCCUUCGUUGGGGAGCCAGGGUCAAUCUGAGAAUGGUGAAGCGCCAUGGAAGGGGGUAAGAGACAGGUGUAAAAGCGAGUGGGCAUUGUUCCAAGACCGGCUUGCAAAUGCAGAUAAAGCUUACUUUAAGCAGAUUGGAAAGGAUGACUGAAGUCUAGCAUACGUGUAGGCAGAUAUGUACAUUGUUUUGUUUCUUGACCCCUUGUGGCCUUUCAUCCGUGUUUUGAAAGGUGGUGACCGGAGCCCAAUUUGUCCCUUGAGGUGGCUUUUGUGUUCGCCAUAGGGAUCCAUAGCCCGACAUACUUUGUACUGUAGCCUAUAGCUAUUAUAUGAUCAGAUCAGAUCAGAUCAGGCCAGAAAAUAUCAGUUUGUGCAUAGAUUAUGUUACGAUGUCAAGUAUUAGAUUCAGGCUGAGUGAUUUCCUUUUGGUUUGCGGUGUUAACCUGAUACACAUUAUCUUUUAUGUAUGUAACAAUGGUGCAUUAUCACCUUUAGUGAGAUUUAUGUAUAACUUUAAGCAUUA